CAUAUUUUCAAUUAAAUUGAACGGACGUGUCUGGCUGUACUCCCCAGGUGUAUGAGUUGCGCGUGUGUUUUUCAAUAAGAAAUAAAGGAAAUACAAUUAAAUGUGCAAAAGAAAAUAAAAUUUAUAAAACAGCAUAGUUGAUGACUAACUCAAAUAAGAAACGAAAAAUAAAAGCUCUCAAAGUGUAGAAGAAUAUUUAAGAAAAUAUUUGUGAAAAAGAAGCGCAGUUUAUGUGCAAAAAAGUAAAAGAAUUGAAAAGAAAAACUUCAUAGAAAAAGUACUGGAUAAGAAAAAUAUAAAAAGUGUUGCUUUCAAAAAAGAAACACACUACAACAUAAUUAUUGUAUUGAAAAAAGUUUUUGGGCCACCGGAAAGAAAGCAAGAAGGUAAUAUUUACAUCGGGUGAGACAUGAGUGAACACACCAUGGAAACGAGACGUAGGUCUCGAUCAAAAACCCCAUUUUUACGUUCCAGUUGUGACCACGAAAAUUGUGAUCACAUUGGUGAUGAGCCACAUACACAUCAUCACAAAAAGAAGUCCACGACAUCACAAUUACCAAAUGUUCGAACCAUAAUUGAAGAGACCGUGGAAGUGACAUCAUCUUCAUCGGUCGAGGCUAGUGGUAAAAAUAGUCCCUCCAAAAUGACACAAACCAAAAUCAAAACAUCAGAUUACUCCAGCGAUGAUAGUCCUGAAAAUAAAACAAAAACAACAAAUACAAGGGCUAUAACAUCAGUAUCUAGUAAUUCCCAGCAGCAACAACAACAACAGUUUAGAAGUCAAACUGGCGGUGGGGUAACAGAAAGCAAAACCUCCAGCACCACCACAACUGUUGUGACAAAGACCAAAAAGUCUGGAGGCAGUGUGGCCACAUCAACACCAAAAGCCAGCAAUUUUAUAACACAUUUUGCUUCCCAAUAUUCCUCAAGAGGAAGUGGCGGUGGUGCUAAGGCAUCCAAGGCUCAAAUCGAAACACGAUAUGAAGAGAAAAAUGUCAAGGAGCACACACAAAAUGUUUUGAACAGUGAAAAGGAAUUGAGCAAGAGCAAAUCAUAUUUGAGUGGGUUUUUGGGCAACUCCUUUAGUUUGGAUAAUUUGGAGGCCAGUGAUCAUGUGGCCUAUUUGGAAUACAAAAAGGCUGGAGAAUACUGGAAGACCACCCCCAAAACGGAUUACACCUACUCUGAACUAUCGCCACACCGUCGUGUAUUGGCCCCCGGCAUUGUUGCCAUGCCCAAUAUGUCCCGCAAAUCUUUGGAAAAUCAUCAUGAACGCAUCAAUUACAUGAUUGAACGUGAUCCUGCCCAAGAAGAAUACAUACGACGUCGCUAUGAAUCUUCAAAAUACAGCCAAAAUAGAAGCGCUGCUGAAAAAUUGGCCUAUGAUUCGGGUGAUGAGGUUGAUUAUACAUAUCGUAGAACCGCCACAAAUCUUUACAAUCAGCAUCACCAGUUGCAGCAAGAGUCCUGGUUAAUGCGUUUCAUUACCACCAUUGUUACAACCCUGACCACAACAUGGUCCAGCAUUACUGGGUCGUCGAAUAGUGAACAAAACGGUGGAGUUGGCCGUUACACCAGCUACAGUGGCAGCAGCAGUAUGUAUCACACGAAAUUGGCUGAAGAAGAUAGAGGGUUCUUUGGUUCAAUGGCUUAUGGCAUAACCUCGGCUUUUGCAUAUUUCACACGUAAUCUGUACUUGUUUAUAUCAUCGGUUUUAUGUUUGGACACAUGGUUGCUGCAAUCUUCAAGUGCUGAUAAUAAGAGCAAAAAACGUUUCCUCUUAUUUUUGUUGAUGCUGUUGCCAUUGUUGUUGUUGGCGGCCUGGUACCUGUUGGAUGAAGAAGAUCGUGUCGUGUAUACGCAAAAUUGGAAUUCUCUGCUGCCCCUCUCGCUGAUCACCACCCUCCGAGGAUCGUUGUAUACCAAUGUCCAUGCCAUCAAAAGCUUUCUACCUCUAUUCUUCUCUAGCCAACAAAGUUCUAGUCAAAAGAAAUUGGAUAACAUCAAAUUAGCUAUGGAAAAUUCCAUGCCCACCGAGGAUUGUGAAAAUAUUUUGAAUCACAUCAAUUCCUAUGUUCAAACAUUGGUGGACCUUAAAUUACAAGAACAACAAAAGAAGUUGGAUUUGCAAGCGAGUAAGGCAUCGUCGGAGCUAUCAUCGAAACAAAUUAAUUUAAUAGUACAAAUAAUGAAGGAAAAUUUGGAAGUUAUAUCGCGGCAAAAACGUGAUCAAGACACUGCUGUAACACUCAGCGAUAGUGACCUCAAUCUAAUAGUACAAAAAGUUAUCGUAAAGCUACAGGAAGGCUCGGAUUUCAAAUUGCCCGUACAACUGUCUACCAAAAACAUAGAGGAAAUAAAACGUUUGGUCUCCCAAACUUUGGAAAUUAACAAUCAUGCCCAUUAUCACACUUUGGUGGAAAAUUUGGAUCUCGAUGCUCUGAUAGCAAAGCUUUUAAAAUCUUCUCUAUUCACCACCUACAUACACGAUGAAAUCUCCUCGCAGAUCAAUGAAAAACUACAUGACAAACUUUUGGAAUUACAAAACUUCCAAGGUUCCGCCGCGAAGGAUGGUUCGGAUAAUUUUGCAUUUUUGGAACAACAGAAAUUGAUUAUUGAAAAUUUGGGCCAAGAGGUGGCUUUCAUCAAACUCUCCCUCAGCGAUAAGCUUUCCGAAAACGAAGAUCUCCACUAUUCAAUUAAACAUUUGCAACAGACCCAAGAUGAUCUACUUGCACGUCUGCAGGAAUUGGAAUUUAGCACCGAUCAACGGUUCUCAAAUCUCAUGCAAGAAAUUUCCACCAAAUUGAAUACCCUCAAAGAGGAACAAUUCCAUUUGCUGAAUCAGCAAGUGAAACUUUCUCUGAUUGACAUCCUCGGCUUUAGUUCGUCGCUGAAAGAUGCCUCUAAAUUCGAUGAUGGUGAUUUACAACAUUGGGUCAAUUCAAUGUUUGUGGCCAAGGAUUAUUUGGAACAACGCCUGUCGGACAUCAACAAUCGUACCCAUGACAAAAUCAAGCAAGAAAUUGACAAAUCUGCCAUGUUCCUAAUGCGUGACAUAAGUGAGCGUUUAAAACAGGAAAUCAUAAUAGCCGUGGAGAAUAAACACAAAGAGACCAACACCAAGCUGGAGGGGCAAAUCAAGGCUGCUCUGUCCGAGGAAGAAGUUCGCAAUAUUGUGAAAUCGGUUUUGGCCAUUUAUGAUGCCGAUAAAACCGGGUUGGUUGAUUUUGCGCUGGAAUCGGCUGGUGGUCAAAUAUUGUCUACACGCUGUACGGAAAGUUAUCAAACCAAAUCGGCUCAAAUAUCCAUUUUCGGUAUUCCCUUGUGGUAUCCCACAAAUACCCCACGUGUUGCCAUAUCGCCUAAUGUCCAACCUGGUGAAUGUUGGGCCUUUCAGGGUUUCCCUGGAUUUUUGGUGUUGAAAUUAAACUCAUUGGUCUAUGUAACUGGCUUUACCCUGGAGCAUAUACCCAAAAGCUUGGCACCCAAUGGAGCUAUUGAUUCUGCGCCCAAGAAUUUCACAGUUUGGGGUCUGGAACACGAAAAGGAUCAAGAACCCGUUCUCUUCGGUGAGUAUGAAUACGCUGAUAACGACGCCUCUUUGCAGUACUUCCCGGUGCAAAAUCAAAAUAUCAAUCGGCCCUAUGAAAUUGUUGAGUUGCGCAUUGAAUCGAAUCAUGGUCAACCGCUAUACACGUGUCUCUACCGAUUCCGGGUACAUGGUAAACCACCAACCACAUAAGCAUCAACAAAAUGGAAUAGGACAGAGUACUAAGCCAAAAGAAAAAAGUGAAUACAUCCCUCCCAUUCUCCCCCAAAAAAUGUCUAUACUAAACUUAGCCAUAAUAUAAUUAAGUUAAAAAAAACAUAGUAUUUAAGAAAAGCACAAAAUCAUAAAAAUUUACUUAAUUUUAAGUUUAGUUAGGAAAAACAAAAUGAAAAGCAUAUGUAAAUAAUUAAAACCUAAGUAUAAAUUUUGUGUUAGAUAUGUAUGUAUGUAUUUAGGUAUAGUUAUGGAAUUAUCACUACUACUCAGCUAAAGUAAAUAAGUGCCUUUUGGUGGUUUGUUGCGGAUUUGCAAACAGAAAAAUCAAACUUAGCCUUAACACGUUGAGAUUCCUAUAACCCUAAAGUGCAAGUUUAGAAGGACCCCUAAGCAGGUUCAUUGUUAACAAAACCAUUAACAAUAAGGUAACACUUUAUUUACUUUUUAGAUAAUAAGUUCAACUAUUUUCCUUAAUCACAACACAACGCUUUUCAUUAACUCUCAGACUCGAUUACUACCUCUUUCCCGCCCACCCAGUCCAACUUAAAUUGCAGCUUUUCUACUUUUUGUAUGUAUAGUCAUUCUUCAUAAUUUUAAGCAUGGCAUUGUUUUAAAAACUUAUGUAUCCCUGUAAUUUUAAAAUAUUUAUUUAAUUUUACUUAAUCUUUGCGAAAACUAAUCUAUUUACCUAUAAAAAAUCAAACUUUUGUAUAUAAUGCUCGGCAUUUACUUUUAAUUUUUAUUUUCUUAUCUUUUAAACUCUUCAUUUUGUUACCAAACUAUUUGUAUUGAUUUCUUUUCUUGCUUACGGCUUGCAAGUGCUUAAUUUAAUAUUCUAAUUAUAAUAAAAAACAAUAUUGAAAUAAUAAUUUAAAACGUUGUAUUUUCAAAUGGCAAUUUAAAUUGUAAUAAGACCUGUUUGGCAUCUAAAUAUUUACUCUCACAAUUUUUAAAUGGAAUACUUUGUUUAAUUAAGAAAUAUAUCUUAUCCAGGAACAGAAUUAGAAUUCUUAAAUCCUUUUAGUGUUUUGCUACAAAUCUUUGAGUUAGCUGUCGUGUUUCAAUCAAAGUUGCAUAUCUGUCUAAUAUUUAAACCAUAUUCUUAUGUCUUAACUUGAAAUAAUAACAACAUGCCAAAGAAUUGUUAUAAUAGGCCUUUGUACUACCACAACUGCCUCCCCACAUUAAGUUCAACAUUUUCUGUUGACCCCAAUAAAUAAAGACAAGCAAAAAAUUGUCUUUAAAUUUUCCAGAACAUGGUCCGAAUUUCAAACAUUUAAAUUUAUAAAUUGAAAAUAUUUCCUUUAAAGUAUUCAAAUAUUCCUUGGCUUAAUUGACAUAAUUUUAAAUGUCUUCUUCUUAGUUUCAAAAUAAUGCUAUCGCAUUAUUGGUUUUUAUUUCUCUGUCGAAUUCACAGUCCUACAGUUGUCGUUCAAAGCGUUAGUUUGUAAAUACUUCUAAAGAUUUUUUUUAAUCAGAAUGUGUAUUGAUAUUUUGAAAUUUCGUAUAGUAAGAUUAAGUUUCAAAUCAGCUUUCAACCGCCUAAUUGUCAACUUUCAAACCAAUGCUUUCCUUUAUUAGAGCUUUUUGUAUCAGUCAAAAGUUUUUUUUUUUGUUAUUUUUGUGUAAUAUUUGUUGUAAUAUCAAGCUAUUUAAAUGUAUUG